UUAUGGAUGCAUCGUAAUGUACUGCUUUUCUUGCUUUCACAGUCUGCUCUUACUGUCACCUUUCCUCUGGCUGAUGCAAGGCUUCACAACCCUGAGGCUACUAUGAGCUACUCACCCCUUCCACCGAUGGCUGGAGCAAACACAGUGGAAGAGCAGAGGGCUCGCUGGGAGAGAAAGCGCAGCCGCACAGCCAAGGAGCUGCUGCAAACGGAGCACAGAUACGUUGAGCAGCUGGAUCUGGUAGUAACGUUCUUUGUGACAAUUUUAAAGGCCAAAGGGACACUGAAACCUGCUGUAAUGUCAACCAUAUUUGGACCCCUGGAAUCCAUAUAUUCUGCCAGCCAAGUUCUGUCGCUUCACCUGGAGAGAGGCAAUUUAGGACUAGGAUUGGAAAAUUUCUGUCAGAAAUUGGAGCUCUAUGGUCACUAUGCUGAGAAUUUUGAACAGGCAAAUAAAACUUUGAUGGAACAAUUGAGGAAAAAUAAAUCAUUCCGACGUUUUAAGAAGCUCCAAGAAACUCGACCUCAGUUUCAAGGGAGGAAGCUAGAGGAUUUGCUUCCUUUGCCUCUGCAGAGGUUGCACCAGUACAAGCAUUUCCUCAGAGACCUGCUGGAAAACACCAGCCCGGGCAGUGCUGAGUACCAGAAACUCGCAAGGACUGUGAAACCUAUUUCUGAUGUAUCUCAAUGGGUUCAGGACGUUGUUCGUAAGAGAGAGAACUCACUGCAGCUACACAGGGUUCAGAAACUCCUAAAAGGACAGAAGAUCCAGGUGUUGACUCCAGGUAGGUCCUACAGACGGCUCUGUUUUCCUUCUGCCAAGCUGAGACAACUGGGGGUAUGCUUGCCUUCAUCUCUGAUCCUAUUCAUGUCAGUCAGAGUCCCCCUUCUGACCUGAAUUUCACAGGUAGAGAAAUGUAAUUAGUAAGGAACUUAGGCACCUUUUUAAUUUUUAAGUAAAGAUAAGCAACGUAUUAUGUGUCUGACAUUCAGAUAAAAGGAGCUGAUGACAUGCAUUCAGAAACUUAGUUCACAGAAACCCAGGGAGGUCUGUAAUAUAAGUCCUGGGUGAGAACGAGAGAAAGAAACUGAAUUAUUUUGGAGGAAAAUUUCAUAAACUUCUGCUCACACUUUAUACAUGAAAAGAAACAUCUUUUAGCUGCAAGGUUAAACUCUGUCAGAAGUCAGAGUAUUUGUACUGAUAGCUGAGAUAUAUAAAACCACAGUCACUGGCAUGUAAGAUCAUCUAGUUGGAUAAUACGAUUUUUUAGGAUCUGUUGUUUGACUGACUGCUCUCCAUGCCCAGAACACGCUCUAAGGUACACAUAGAACAUUGUGAGAAGUAUGUCCAGUUUGGACAAAUAUGAGUCAAUCACCGGGGGCUUCAUCCAUGCCUACACACCUUCACUAAAAUUUGCUGUUGCAGAGGUCACCUAGAAACACUGCAGCAGUUGCAAAGUUAAAGGUGUCUAAGAUGCACCCCUACACAUCUGUGACUGUGAUGGUACUUUUUUUUCCUUUGUACAUAGGGAUUAUGGGGUUAUGGGGUGAACUAGAAAGAAUAAUUUGCUGAUCACAAGUUAUCAUUGUCCAGUAUGUGCAGCCAAUAUGCAAAUCAAUUUACGUUUCUCUUUCCCAUUCUACUUACAAUCCUUUUGGUGAUGGUGGCUGAAAGGGAACUAACACAGGUAUGCUCUGCUGAUAUUAAGCAUUGAGCAUAGGUAGAGGUGCUUGGACUCAUUGGGACAGUGCAUGUGAAAAAAGGCAAAAAAGCUAUCUUAAGUAACAGAGUUAAUAAGAUAACUGUGAAUGGAAGG